CUGCACUCGGCGCAGGGCGUAGAGCCGAGCGGGGCGCUUCGAGCGCGCGUGGGGGGGGGGGCGUAGGCUCACUCACGGAGGUGCUACAAGGUGAGAGAAUCCUGUAGAGAACUGAAAAUAGAGUUUUAUGGUUUCAGAACUUGAAGCAACACUUAUUCAUAAAGAUAAAAUGCAUACUCUCCAGAGCAGUUGCCCGAAUGAUAGCUGAGCAACACAUUUGAGAGACUGUCACUAUGAAAAUUGUUUGUGUCUAUUGCUAUUGUAUUUGACUAAACCAGCAAAGAGCCACUUGUUUUGAAAUGCAGCUAAAGAAAAUGAGAGAAAUUUUACCAAAACUGUAUACAAGCCAAGUUAAUGACAUAAAUAAUUCUUUGACUACAUCUCCAAAGCAAGCCAAUGAGGAUGAAGCAAAUCAACCAAAAGGGACUGAAGGCCAGAAUUGUGACUAUCAAGUGGCUGAAGCUGAGGAUAAGCUGUCAUUGAUCCUUUGUAUAAAGUGCAGAAGUAUGCAAAAACUUCCAGUGCAUGAAUUACAAAAGCAUAACAAACCCAGGCAGACUGAAGACAAAAACUUUGUUUGCAGCAGUUGUAGUCUGAAUACGCCACCGACUUUCCAUUUUGUAGCUGACAGUGCCACUGCCAUAGAUUUAGAAAAUCAAGAAAAACCAUCCCUAAGUAAAACUCAAAAAACAUUUAAAGUAAAAAACUUUCAACCAGACAAAUAUUACUGCGAUAAAUGUCGAUUUUCAACAAAGGAUCCUUUUCAGUAUAAAAAGCAUGCAGUUCAACAUGAGGAGAUUAAGUUUGUUUGCUCCCACUGUAACUAUGUAUCCUACACCAAAGGAGAAUUCCAGCGGCAUUUGGUGAAACACACUGGAACUUUUCCAUAUCAGUGUGAAUACUGUGAAUAUGGUGCUGUUAGACAUGAUUAUAUAGUUAAGCAUACCAGAAGAGUACAUGAAACAGUUACUGAGAAGGGGCCAGUGAAUAUGGCUGCAAAGCAAGAGCAAAAGAGAUCUUGCUUAUCAAAGAGAAGCACUUUUUCUGACAAGCAGAAGUGUGAUCUAAAAGUUCCUCUUCAGAAUGAGCCUUCAGAUUUAUCGUCAAGUACAACUUGCAGCAAAAUCCAAGAUGAAAUGAGCAAAAGAGUUUGUUUGUCUGGCGAUGUAGAAUGUAGCCUAGGUACAGCAUCAGUCCGAGAUAAAACUGUAUUGGAACCAGCUGAAUUAAACAUAUAUGAGAACCAAAAUGUGGAAGUUGAAGUUUAUUCUCCAAAAAAAGAACCUGUACAGCCUGGAAUGCCAUUAACAGUGAUUGCACCUUCAGAACUUGUAGUUCCUUCUAACUGCUUAGCUCAGUUAUUAGACAUAAAAAUAGUGAAUGGCACACAACAAUUGGUUCUUAAACUUAUUCCCCUGAAAGAAACAAGUAAUAAGCCUAUAAACUGCGAAGAAGAGAAACCCAGGAAUCAAGGUGCAGAACAAACAGAGAAAGGAAAAAGAGUAACUUCUGUUGCUCAAAGUGAAUUAACCACUGAAGCAACUGUAAAUGUAUCUAGUAUUAGUAACAUGUUUGCUUUAGAUAAUAAAUACAACAGGAACUCUGAAUGUCUUAAUUCCUCCAAUUCUCAUACUUCAGACUGUAACUCAAAUGUACCUAAGCAGGAUAAAUCAAAAAUAAGUUGUCCUAAAUCCUCAAAUAAGGAAAAAUAUGCAAAAAAUGAUUUAUACUGUUCUAAAGAGACUCUGGACAUGCCCACAUGUGCAUAUGCUGCUUCUGCUGAAGGUGAUGGAUCCCAGACUGUUUUGUUGCAGGCGGCUCAGAGGAGCAACAGUUCUUCUUUAUCUCCUGCCCUUGGAGAAAAGGACAUAUUGUCUUUAAAUGGUGAUGACAAAGAAUGCAGGAGCCACAUCAUUAGCUCUCUGAAAACACAUUUAUUUGAUACCUGUUUAGUUAAAGAAUCUUUUAAAACCUCUCAAGGAGGAGGAGAGUUCUCUUUAAAUAAAAGUGCAUCUUUAGAGGAAUCAAGUGUUGGCUUAAGUAAAUUAAACAGAGAGAACUCUGAUUGUCAAAAUAAUCCUUUAGAAGCUUUAGAAUUGCAGAAUGUAGAAAAUAAGGACAGCCCUCCUGAGGGUCCUGUCAUUUCAUCUGUAUUUUCCCUUAGCUCUGGGGCUGAAAACAUCCCAGAGGGAAUCAAGUGGGAUAAUACUGCAUGCAGUAAAAAGUCAACAACAAUGCUGUGUAGAAAGAUUGCUCAGUUGAUGUCUGCUGCCGAGUGUAAUGUGAAAUCUACAUUGGCUGCUUCACCUAUGCCUGUUAGAUGUUGUGCUUCUAAUAAGAUGCCUUUGCCUCAGGAAACUUUAGCAAACUCUGAAAAAAAUGUCCCUGUUACUGAAUUGGAACAAUUUGCAUCUUCUCUUCAAACAUUGCAGAAUGGUGGGAUUGGUAAUGAACUGUGUAAUAAACAACCACCACAAUCACGGUCAGCUACAACAAAAACUAAAAGUAGAAUGACUAAAAACACUCACGUUGCUACUCCAGUGUUCAUUCCAAAAGGGACAGUGCUGAGGGUCCUGAAUGUCGCUAGGAGUGAAAACACAAAAGAAGCAGGAGAUAAGAACGAAAUUACAUCUGCUACGAUGUGUUGCAAUGAAAUGUUUCUACCACGACCAGUUCCUUUCAGCAUUUCUGAGAAACUAAACAGUAACUUUCCUUUGCCCAAUGAGAGUGAACUUAAUGAGCAGUCCAGAAAUCAAAAUAUGUCGCUUAGGCACAGACCAAAAAGAGAGGCUAAUGCAAAAAGUAAUAGCAAACAAAAUUGUGUACUACUGCAUCAAAAAAGUGAUGAGCUAAGUAAGCAGAGCAAACUUACUUCAAAGGAUCAACUUGUAUCUAAAAAUAAGGUAAAACAAGCAAAUUCCAGGGAUUAUUUGUCUAAGAAGAAAACAAGAAGCCACUCAGAAACCAGUGGCAUUUCUGAGGUGAUGCUUCUUUUGACAGCAAGACGUCUUAGGCUUGUACCUCUUAGAGAACAUCAGUUGAUAAAAUGCCCUCGUCGUAACCAGCCUGUAGUUGUGUUAAAUCAUCCUGAUGUUGAUUCAGCAGAGGUAAUUAAUAUAAUGAAAAUUGUCAACAAGUAUAAAGGCAAUAUUGUGAAAGUCGUUUUAUCAGAAAGAACAAGUAGUUGUCUUGGUGUGAAACAGUAUAAUAAACGGCUUACAUUUCAGAACUUGGAAACAAGAAGCGAAAUGAAAAAGCAAAACUUUUUAAAAAUGAAGCUAAAAAAGACCCAUAGAAACAACUACCGGGUUGUGGAAACGUCACCAGCUAAAACACUGCAGUGUAUGUUUAAGUGUUGGUUUUGUGGAAGGAUAUAUGUAGACCAGGAAGAGUGGAUAAGUCAUGGACAGAGACAUUUGAUAGAAGCAACCAAAGGCUGGGAUGUUCUUUCUCUUCCUCUAGAAAGCCACAAGUGAGAAACUGUCAGUUUACUGCUCUUAUUUUAACAUGAGUGCCAUUAAUUUGUUUGGAAAGGGAGACAGAAGUAAAUAUUUUACUGGAGGAUUUUUAUAUUUAGCAGGUGGGAGAGUAGUAAUAGGGAUUACAAACUGUAUGAGAAGCCAGUCUUGAGCACUAAACGCUACAUAGCACUCCGAUGCCUGAAAUAAGUGUUACGGCUGUUCCUUGCUUUUUUGAAGGAGACCUGGAAAUUAUAUGCUCUGAAAACAUUCUAGUGUAAUUCUCUUCAAUAGGACACUAUAUGCAGUAGUGUUAUGUUGCAGGGUCAACACAGAUUUAAAAUAUCCAACUAUAUGACUAGCUUAGUGGUUCAGCUAUCAGGCAUAAGUCUAAUGAAGAGCAUCUUUGACUCCGCUAUGAAUAAAAAGACGUUCAUCAUAAUUUAGUAGCAAAUUUAAAAAAAUGCCAUAGAGGAAGAAACUGAUGCUGAAUCUGAUCAAACUCCAAUUUUAUAGAACAGAAAUAACUGCACUGACUUUAGUGGAGCUACACCAGUGUAAAUGAGGAAUUGGUGAGAUCAGAAUCAGACCCAUUAUGUGGAAUGGCAAUGAAAGCUUGAUUCUGUGUUGUGCAGUCAGGGGCCAAGUUGUGUAUUGUGCCACACAGGUGUGAACGGGGAAGAGGACACAGGUGACUACUUACUGUGCAAGCAAGCAGGAGCUCAACUUAGAGUGCUUGAAAUGAGGCCUGGCUUCUUUACUGGCUGGCAUGAUGUGAUUCUGAUGGAUUGUGCUUUAAUGAGUUAGGACCUGACCACACCAACAUAUGCUGUAGGGCGUAAUGAUCAGUGCUAUGUGUAAUCCCAUUAGAAACGUACAUGUUCAGGAUAGAGCCUUUAACCAGGACCCCAGCCAGCCUAGCAACUAGUGCAUAGAUGAGAAGAACUAGUUGGAGAAGCAGACUGCUGCUUUGUAAAAAGAGAAGUUAUGUUGCAGAACUCUACAUUGCCAGUACCUAUCCACGUUUUCAGUAGAAUCUUUGUUUUGACAUCCUAAAUGUGAAGAAUUUGAAUGUUAGAAUCUACACCUGUAAGCCUCAAUUCAGCAAGCUACUUACCAAUAAUAAGAAGCACAUGCCUAGGCAUACUCCCAUUGAUUGCUGUGUGACUACUCAGUGAUGUCAGUAGGAUGAUUCAUGUGCUAAGUGCCUUGCUGAAUGAAGGUGAGUUUUUAGUUGGGAAAGAGGAUGGAUGAUAGUGAAGUUUAAUAGUUGGCCACUGACUUAUAGAAUUUCCUUGGUUAUCUUGUCACAAAUUGUAAACCGUUUUAUUUUUUAAAAUGUUAUGUACAGCAAGUAAUGACUUGAGCACAUAUUUGCAGUCACAUUUCUACAGGUAAAAAAAUCAUUAAUUUGAUGCUGGAGAUGAAUUAUACAUUUGAACUUUGUAUAAAUGCUUGUAGUUCCUAAUUGUUAACAGUGGAAAAACACAUUUUGUUAAAAAAACAAACAGACAAAAAAUACAACACCCCUCCCACCCUCCACCCCAAACAACCUACUAGUCUGGGAAUAUUUUUGUUUUUUUUAAUACUCUAGAAAAUUAAACAUGCUUUUGAUAAGAUAUGUUCUAUAUCUGUAUUGAAAUGUAAAUACUUUACUUUGAAACUAUAAAGCACAUGUUGAGACUUAGGUCUAAUUUACAAAAACAGUUAUGUGAAACUUUGUCAGAGCAUUUUGCAAUACAAUAUUAAAAUCUUCAGAUAUUUGGUGCUCUCAGAAGGGAGAUCUUGUAUUACUUUGCAACUUUUUGUAUUGUAGUGAGAGGCUAAACUGUUCAAUAGAAUACAUUUUUGUAUUCUCUGUUUUUUUCCAGUAAUUAAAUGACAGUUCUUAUUUUGAAAUGGGAAUUUAUAUUUUUUUAGAUAGGUACAGUAGAGAUUUUCACUGUGUUCUUUGAAGCCAAACAUAAUAUUGUUUUUAAAUUGUGAAAAUAGUUUCCAUUUCUAAAUUCUGUCAUAUCAGAGUAUAAUAAAUAUUGAAACUGGUAACACAUGAAAAACCACUUCUGGCCAAAUUCUUCCUCACUUACACUCAUCAGCCCAGGCAGAUGUUUGAACCGACUUAAGUUUCUGUAGAAGCUAUUAAGGAAAUACUUUUGAAUCUCUAUUUGUUUAAGAGAUGUCAUUGGCAAAAUAUGAAUAUUUUUAAUCAACUUUGUAUUCUUAAAAAUGGUGCUGCGUGCAGGAUUAUAAACAGAUUGUAGAUGGGUUUAGUAGUGUUUUUCUUUGCCUAUUUUAGUAAACAAAGAAGAGUCUUUUUGUAUCUGAAUUGUUAAUCUGCAUGUAACUGUUCUCCCUGUAUUCAAUUUACAAAAUAUAAGUGUGUUUAUAUUAACAUGAACAUUUUUAGUAAAUUGAAUUGUAUGGUGACUAUAAAAAUUA